AUGGAACGACCGCAAAUGCGUCGCAAAAGCUCAGCCCAGAAUCUGCUUUCAAGCUUUAAGACUGCUCAAGGAGCAAUGGCUGUCCCUGCCACCCCGACAAUUUCCACGCCGAAGGAGUUUGAUUCCGUUUCGCUGUAUUCCGACACCACAACACUCAACAAUCCUACUAACGCGCAAGGCACCUCUGUCGAGUAUCUGAGGGAUAUCAUUCACAAGAGAAUGGUCACCCUCACCUACAUGCGGAGUGUUCAUCAGGGGUAUAAACCAAAACUAGUUGAUGGAAUGAAGCUCAUCCGUUGCGACAGACGGAGCCACUGGUUCCACACCAUUCUCAUCUCACGGAGCGACCUCGAUAAAGUCUUCACCAAUGUAGAGAUGAAGAAACGAACAUACCGAUUCGCCAUACUGGGCAUGUCGCUCUCGAAUCUGCUGGAGAUCACGCAGCCUCAAGAUCUUCUAAAAGGCUUGCUGGCAACAUUACAGGAGUACGAGCAGGGAAAAGAGGACGGCGACAAACCCAAGAUGCGCACGACCAAACGAUUGUUCAGGACCAAGUUAGCCUCUGAAGGCUCUCUCGUCACACCACAUAUCCCCUUUCCAUUGGAUUACCACCAAACACUGAUUUCACUCAUCGACGUUCUCUCAGAGGUCUACAACAAGAUCGGGAAACUGCUAGGUCCCUCCCCCUUUCCUCCCCCGACAAGAGGCCCAUUUGGGAUGCUUCCACCCCAGCCUGGUGUCUCGUACCUUUUUUCCGAUGAUGGGCCCUACAGCACACCACUUCCACAUUAUGCCUCCAAUCCCCGGCUAUCAUCAAAUCCACAUCUCCCAUCAUCAACAGGCGACAAUGAAAUUGGAAGCCUCUGGAGUAUUGCCAACGGAUUCGGGGGCGGCGUACAGCUGUCAUCCCAAAUGCUGGGUACCCAGUGGACAUCUUCGUUGGGCGAAAUGGUUGUGAAAAUCGAUGGAAAGUUCAAGAAGAUCACAAGUGUUCUUUUGAAGGAGCUCGACCAGUUUGCGAGGAAUGGGAUCAAGGAGGAGCUCGCCUCUCUUGACCCGUUACUCCGAAACAUCAGCUUAGCUGAGGAGGGUGGUCGGACAGUUUAUGAGUUCGAUGGAAUGUAA